CCAGCCUCUCCUCUCCAUGUGCUGCUCUCGGGUAGAAGCUGCUGCUGGACUUUCUGUAGUUAUUAUCUCUAAAAUCUACUAAACUCACUCUCCCUGGUGUCCGCGGAGGGCAGUUUAAACUCCCCCGGCCGUUAGCGGAGGUGAGAAGCGCUGCUCGCUGGGAGACACAUGUAGUGAGGGAAUGGAGGGCUGUGAGAGAUUCCUGAGUCCGGGGAGAGGCCGAGGGGUCAGGGCGACCAGGCACUUCCAGGUGGGGGAGCUGGUGUUCGCCUGUCCCGCUUACGCCUACGUGCUGACGGAGAACGAGCGCGGCGGACACUGCGAGUUCUGCUUCACCAGAAGUGAAAGGCUGUCCAAGUGUGGAAAGUGUAAGCAGGCCUUCUACUGCAAUGUCGAGUGUCAGAAAGGAGACUGGUCCAUGCACAAGCUGGAGUGCGCUGCCAUGUGCGCGUACGGAGAGAACUGGUGUCCUCCAGAGACGGUCCAGCUCGUCGCAAGAAUCCUCAUGAAGCAGAAAUGCCAGACAGAGCCGACUCAGUCAGAAAGAUUGUUAUUGCUGAAAGAAUUUGAAUCACAUCUGGACAAGAUGGACAACGAGAAAAACGAGAUGAACCAAACUAACAUUGCUGCACUUCAUCACUUUUAUUCGAAGCAUCUGGAUACUCCUAGUAACGAUGCUCUUGCAGAGCUUUUUUCCCAGGUGAACUGUAACGGCUUUACCAUUGAGGAUGAGGAGUUGUCUCAUUUGGGCUCUGCAGUCUUUCCAGACGUUGCUUUAAUGAACCACAGCUGUAAUCCGAAUGUGAUCGUGACCUAUAAAGGUACAGUAGCAGAGGUUCGUGCUGUUCAGAAAAUCAACCCUGGAGAGGAGAUUUUCAACAGUUACAUUGACCUCCUGUAUUCUACCGAGGACAGGAAUGAGAGGCUGAAGGAAUCGUACUUCUUCACCUGUGACUGUACAGAGUGCACCACCAAAUCAAAGGACAAGGCUAAAAUGAAGAUUUGUCCGAAGCUUAGUAAGUCUCCAGAGCCGGAGGAAAUUCAGGAAAUGGUGCGGUAUGCCAAGAACAUUAUUGAGGAAUUCAGGAGAGCCAAGCACUAUAAGACCCCCAGUGACCUGCUAGAGAUCUGCGAGUUAAGUCUGGAGAAAAUGGGAUCCAUAUUUGACGACACCAAUAUUUACAUGCUGCACAUGAUGUACCAGGCCAUGGGCGUCUGCCUCUAUAUGCAGGACUGGGACGGAGCCAUGAAGUACGGAGAGAAAAUAGUGGAGCCCUACAGUGUGCAUUACCCUCAGUACUCUCUCAACGUGGCGUCCAUGUACCUGAAGCUUGGAAGACUUUAUAUGGCACUUGAGAAGAAAACACAAGGAGUGAAAGCUUUAAAAAAGGCUCUUGCAAUCAUGAAUGUUUCGUUUGGAAAGGACCAUCACUACAUCGCUGAGAUAAAAAAGGAAAUGGAAGAGCAGAAGUAAAAGAACGAACCUCUGUAAAUUCAAGAACGGCUCUAUGGCAUGCUAAUCUCGUACCUCUGCUUGCGCACGCACGCGCACACACACACACACACACACACAUACUGUUUCUCUUUGGUUGUCAUUUUAAGUUUUCAUUUGUUUGUUUUACAAAGGACUCUUGACCUGGUCCUGGAUAUUUAGUUGGUUCUGUUGUCUGUCUGUACCAUGAUUACAUAUGCACUGUGUGAACAAGGGCUAAUAAUUAAACAUUAAAUAUAUUUGUCCUAAA